UCGAUUUCCAUCCCAAUUCAAUUAGCAAAGGAAAAAGGCAAAAAGGUGUUGUCAAGUGGCCUCCUAUCGAGAUCAACAUUGCAUCAUCACCAUCGUCACUACCGUCUUCUACAAAGAUCGUUUGUCUCGAACCUUUACCACCCAAGCUCAACAGUUCCACUACAAACACUGAUUAACAACAACAAUAGUCAUACAGACAAGAAGAGCAUAAUUAUCCCAACACUAUCAAGGGUGACAACCAAACCAGCAGUGAGAGUACUCUCUACAUCAUCAACAGCAGCAGCUACGAUGGUCAAAGCUAUUAGGGUUCAUGAACUCGGUGGACCUGAGGUUCUGAAAUGGGAGGAAGUGGAAAUAGGAGAGCCAAAGGAAGGAGAGAUCAGGGUGAAGAAUAAGGCCAUUGGGCUUAACUUCAUCGAUGUAUACUAUCGCAAAGGAGUUUACAAGGCUGCCACAAUACCUUUUACACCAGGUAUGGAAGCAGUUGGUGUGGUGACUUCCGUGGGUCCUGGACUAACGGGCCGGAAUGUUGGAGAUCUCGUCGCUUAUGCUGGUAACCCAAUGGGUUCAUAUGCUGAAGAGCAGAUCCUUCCAGCAGAAAAAGUGGUGUCUGUUCCUUCCACUAUGGAUCCCGUUGUAGCUGCAGCUGUCAUUCUCAAAGGAAUGACAGCUCAAUUCCUCGUUCGUCGGUGUUUCAAGGUUGAACCUGGACACACAGUUCUUGUUCAUGCUGCAGCAGGUGGAGUUGGGUCUCUGUUGUGCCAGUGGGCAAAUGCCCUUGGUGCCACUGUCAUUGGAACUGUCUCAACCAAAGAAAAGGCAGCUCAAGCCAAAGAUGAUGGAUGCCAUCAUGUCAUAAUGUACAAGGAUGAGGAUUUUGUUACCCGUGUCAAUGAGAUAACAUCAGGCAAAGGAGUUGAUGUUGUCUAUGAUUCUGUUGGAAAGGACACCUUUCAGGUGAUGCAACUCUAUUCUUAUGAUCAUAUAUAUACCCAUUAAAAUUCCAGUCAUGCAGAAAAUACAAAGGUAGUAACUAAAUGUUUGCGUGAGUUAUAGUGUGAUGAUGUCAUCAAUAUGUAAGUUUGUUUUUUCUGUCACUUGAUAUUUAUUUGAGGUUCUGGAAGUUAAUUUGAGCCAAGUUUACAAAAGGGUCUUGCAUUAUCCCAGUUGGACAUCAACUUUAAGGACCGAUUGAAACCCAAUAUGCACAAAUUAGCAUAGUCAUCAUAGGCUGAGAUUGGUCAGUCUAAUUUGGUUCAUGGAGCCCCAGUUGCAUUUAAAAUUUUCUCUAGCGGUUUCUAAUUGGGAUGCUGUCAUGCUCAGGGUUCUUUGGCAUGCUUAAAAAUCCGUGGAUACAUGGUAAGUUUUGGGCAGUCCUCUGGUACACCAGACCCACUGCCAUUGUCAGCACUUGCAGCAAAAUCGCUGUUCUUGACAAGGCCCACCCUCAUGCACUACAAUCUAACACGGGAAGAGCUGCUUGAAACUGCUGGAGAGCUAUUUGCGUGCAUCACAUCGGGGGUCUUACGGGUCCGUGUAAAUCGCACCUACCCCUUAUCUCAGGCGGCACAAGCGCAUGCUGAUCUUGAGGGUCGGAAAACAUCGGGAUCUGUUGUCCUGAUACCAGAUGGUGUUGACCAGUAAGUUCAUAAUCCCCAACUAGUCUUGUUUCCUCUGUUGUAGGAGUUGGGACAGUUGGAUAGCACAAACAUUCCAAUGAGUGCAAGCUGUAUUUGAUCUGUACCCAGUGUGUGAAAUGUACCACCCUAGUGUGUGAAAGCCGUUGUGCAAAAUAAAUAAAAAUCUUGUUGAUUGUAACAUUUUUUUUCCUUUUAAUUGGCUUGUCAUGGAUGUGAUUUUGUUUCUUCACUGGAUGCAUGAUUUUCCCCAGAUCUGUACAUGUCUAGUAAAUUGAUAGUGUCUCUGUCUCUUUCCUUGCAUGACAAUAUGUUCAU